AUGGCUGUCGUUCGUGCAGCUGCAAGGCCUGCGCUGGUAAUCGUACCUGGCAACUUCAGCUUACCUCGCUUCUGGAGCGCCAUCCAACGGUCAGUUGAAGACAAGGGUUAUUCCGUCGAAGUUGUUCCUCUUCAGUCUUCACGUGAAGAAAGGAUAGAUCCUGCGCCAGGUCUGGCUGAUGACGUGAAGGAGGCUCGAUCUGUUCUGAACAAACACAUCAACCAAGGAAAGGAUGUUGUCCUGCUUAUGCACUCAUAUGGCGGAAUGGCCGGAACUGAAGCAACCUGUGGCUUGAGCCGUCUUGAGCGGGAGAAGGCAGGCCUAAAAGGCGGGAUAACCCGUUUGGUAUUUCAGGCUGCGAUCUUUGCGCCUCCUGGCAAAAGUAGUCAGGGGCUAUACGAAGCCAACCCAGGCCGCUAUCCCCGCCGCGAGGGCGACUACCUUGUAUGCGAUGAAGAAACAGCCAUGUGCUUCUACAGCGAUCUGACGAAGGAGCAAGGCCAAGAACUAGCUCAGGCAGCCUCUAAGAUUUCACAGGCCGUCAGGGUUUUUGGCGAUGAGCAGACAUACGAUGGUUUCCAUAAACUCAUUCCGUCUAGCUAUAUUCUGACUAAGAAGGAUAUCCUUGUCCCUGAACCAGCUCAGCGGCAGUUCAUCUCACGACUCGAGGAGAACGGGGGCCGACCUGUCCCUGUUUUUGAGCUUGAUACGGCUCACUCGCCUCAUCAGACGAACCCUCAGCUUUUGAUGGAGACUUUGAACAAGAUACUUGAGCAGGAGCAUGGAUCAGAGUGA